AUGAUCAGGCUCCUCUCCAACGCAGCAUUGAAGCACCUACUGGUCCUCAUUCGGCAAGUCAUGGCUUCUACCGGCCACGAGUUGGGCAACAUGGCCACGGCCACGGCCAAAGGCAUGCAAGCCCCUUCCACGCCGCACAGCGAGCAAGUAUCCAACAGCGAGUACACCGACAGCGAGCAGCUCGCGCGGCUCGGCAAGAAGUCUGUCCUCAAGCGCAACUUUGGCUUCAUGUCCAUCCUCGGCUUCUCCUGCACCAUCCUCAUCACGUGGGAGGCGACGCUCGUGCUGUCGGCGCAGGGCCUCGCCAACGGCGGCCCGGCCGGCGUGCUGUACGGCUACCUGGCCGUGUGGCUCGGCAACGUGAGCGUCUUCACGACGCUGUCGGAGCUGGCGUCGAUGGCGCCGACCGCCGGCGGCCAGUACCACUGGGUGGCCAUGCUCGCGCCGCGCCGCGCCGCCCGCUUCCUCAGCUACGUCACGGGCUGGCUGACCGUCGCCGGCUGGCAGGGCUCCGUCGCGUCCUCGGCGUUCCUGACGGGAACCAUGGUGCAGGGCAUGGUGGCCAUGAACCGCCCCGACACAUACGCGCCGCAGUCGUACCAGGGCACACUGCUGUUCUGGGCCGUCAUGCUGUUCGCCGUCGUCAUCAACGCCGUCGUCAGCUCGGCGCUGCCAAAGUUUGAGGGCCUGAUCCUGGUCCUGCACGUGCUCGGCUUCUUUGCCAUUCUGAUCCCGAUGGUGUCGCUCGGGUAUCACGGCGACCCGCACACCGUCUUUACCGAGUUUCGAAACGGCGGUGGCUGGCCGACGCAGGGUCUGUCGUUCAUGGUCGGCCUGAUUGGCAACGUCUUUGCGUUUGUUGGUGUGGACGCUGCCUUCCACAUGUCCGAGGAGACGGUCAACUCAGCCGUGACGGUGCCCAAGUCCAUCUUCCUGAGCCUGCUGAUCAACGGCACCACCGGUUUCGCCAUGACCAUUGCCGUCCUGUUCUGCAUCCAGGAUCUGGAGAGCGUUCUCAAGUCGCCCACCGGGUUCGCCCACAUGCAGCUGUUCCUGGACUCGACCGGGUCCGUUGCCGGCUCGACCGUCAUGGCGGCCAUCAUCACCCUUCUCGGAGCGUGCGCCACGGUCGGCAUGCUGGCCUCGAGCUCGCGCGUCUUUUGGUCGUUUGCGCGCGAUCGCGGCCUGCCAUUCUGGCGCAUUCUCUCGCAGGUCGAUGCGCGCACGACGGUGCCGCUGUGGGCCAUUACCUGCACAACUUGCAUCGCCUGCCUUCUGGCGCUCAUCAACCUGGGCUCCGCGACGGCUCUCAACGCCGUCAUCUCCCUGUCUAUCUCGUGUCUCUACCUGUCUUACUUUAUCUGCGCUAGUCUCCUCCUGUAUCGUCGCACGACAAAGGGGUUCCAAAUACCGGAGGCGUCGGAGUUGCCCGCCCUUGCCAAUACGUCGGGUGCUGAGCUGGUCUGUGGUCCAUGGCACGUCCCGGGUGCACUCGGAAUUGCCAACAACGCUGUCAGCUGCAUCUAUCUCAUUGUCAUCUUCUUCUUUAGCUUCUGGCCGGGGAUGAUGAACCCUGGUGCAAAGGAUAUGAACUGGGCCUCUGCUGUGACUGGCCUUAUCCUGGUCUUUAGCAUUGUCUAUUAUGUGAUUUGGGCAAGGAAGGAGUAUGAGGGUCCUAUUGUCGAGAUUUGA